GAAGUGUCGCUCAGUAGUAGCAGGAGCUUAACUGUAACACAGCUAGCUAAGUAGUAUCUGCUUAAUAUAACUACAAGAAGAAAGCUUUUACAUGUCGCUGUUCAACUCGGGUGUUUGGGAGUACCAAAAGGUGCUCGGCAGCUCUUAUUUAAACCGAAGACUUGCCACUCUUGCACAUUAUUUCGUUGUUUAGUUGGUCUUUUUGUGUGGCUAUGUAGCUUGUUAGCUCUCUAGCUAACGUUGGACGUCAUUCAGUGAAGCUAACUACUCUAUGUGUGUGUGAGUUUAUUAAUGCUGCAUAUCACAGUGUGAAUCCACUCUAACUGGAUGUUUGCUGAUAGAAACAGCAGCAGCUAACACCUAGCAGAUUGCUGGCUUGUCAACAUCAACAUAAUGGGUUAUAAAAGGUGUUUAAAGACUGCAAGAGGGGUUUAUAUCUUCACCAUCCUGCUGAUAGUCUUCAUCAAAGGAGUAACAGCUGAUGAAGAGCAACAUGGUAAUGAAGGACCAGAGCUAAAGUCUUACCACGAUCCAGACUCUGAAGAAGAAGACAUCCGUCUGGCGUCAGGAAUUGUGGCCGGUGCCUCUGUGACCUCUGACCAUGAAGUCUCCCAGCCAGAGGAGGAGAAACCGUCACCUGGGGAGGGGCUAGAGGGAGAGGAGAAGGAGGACCUGCCUGAGCAGCCUCCUCCAGUGGAGGAGAAACCUAAAGAGGUUCCUGUGGUGAAUGGAGGCACAGCCCAUGGAGAGCCCUGCAUCUUCCCCUUCCUCUUCCAGGGGAAAGAAUACUCGGACUGUACCACUGAUGGACGGGGGGAUGGACGGCUGUGGUGCGCCACAAUCUACGACUAUGACCAUGAGAAGAAGUGGGGUUUCUGUGAAACGGAGGAGCAGGCCCAGCAGAGACUGCAGGCGGAGGAGGCUGACGACCAGUAUAUAACUGUCCUGCGCAUGCUCAAUGCCACCACCAGGAGGACCCAAAAGAAAGAAUUAUACGAAAAGCUGCAGAAAGUAGCAGAGAAAGGCCACCAUAAAGCCAUGGAGAAGGUGGCGUACGCCAUGCUGUUUGGAGACUACAUGAGCCAGAACGUCACCAAGGCCAAAGAAAUGUUUGAGAAGCUUGCCAUGGAGGGCUCGCCUAAAGCUCAGACGGCUCUUGGCUUUCUGUACGCAGCAGGACUUGGAGUUAACUCGAGUCAGGCUAAGGCCCUGGUUUACUACACCUUCGGUGCACUGGGUGGAAACUUGAUAUCUCAUAUGAUUCUGGGAUACCGAUAUUGGGGAGGUGUGGGUGUUCCCCAGAGCUGUGAGUCAGCCCUAACACACUAUCGGCUUGUGGCAAAUCAGGUGGCCAGUGACGUGUCCCUGACAGGAGGCUCAGCGGUGCAGAGGAUCAGGCUGCUGGAUGAGGUGGAGAACCCAGGAUCUACCAGUGGGAUGUUGGAGGAGGACUUGAUCCAGUACUAUCAGUUUCUGGCUGAGAAAGGAGAUGUUCAAGCUCAGGUGGGGUUAGGUCAGCUGCACCUGCAUGGAGGACGUGGAGUAGAACAGAAUCAUCAGAGGGCGUAUGACUACUUCAACCAGGCUGCAAAUGCAGGGAAUACACACGCUAUGGCUUUCCUCGGCAAGAUGUACUCAGAAGGCAGCGAGUAUAUCCCUCAGAACAACGAGACAGCCCUGCAGUAUUUUAAGAAGGCCUCUGACUUGGGUAAUCCAGUGGGACAGAGUGGCCUGGGCAUGGCCUACCUAUAUGGGAGAGGUGUCCCAGUGAACUAUGAGAUGGCACUGAAGUACUUCCAAAAGGCAGCAGAGCAGGGCUGGGUGGAUGGACAACUCCAGCUGGGCACCAUGUAUUACAAUGGCAUUGGUGUGAAGCGUGAUUACAAGCAGGCACUUAAAUUCUUCAACCUGGCCUCACAGGCGGGCCACAUCCUGGCCUUCUACAACUUGGCCCAGAUGCAUGCUACUGGCACCGGUGUGAUGCGCUCCUGCCACACUGCCGUGGAGCUUUUCAAGAACGUGUGUGAACGUGGUCGCUGGUCGGAGCGUCUCAUGGCGGCCUACGGCAGCUUUAAGGAGGGUGAGGCCGACGCUGCGCUGGUCCAGUAUCUGCUGCUGGCUGAGCAGGGCUACGAGGUGGCCCAGAGCAACGUGGCCUUCAUUCUGGAUCAAAAAGGAGCUAGAAUCUUCACUGAGAAUGAGACCUACCCUCGUGCAUUGCUCCACUGGACAAGAGCUGCAGCACAAGGUUACACUGUGGCAAGGAUAAAACUAGGGGACUACCACUUCUACGGCUACGGGACAGAUGUGGACUAUGAGACAGCUGUGAUCCACUACAGACUGGCAUCAGAGCAGCAGCACAGCGCCCAGGCCAUGUUUAACCUGGGUUACAUGCAUGAGAAAGGCCUGGGCAUCAAACAGGACAUCCAUUUAGCCAAGCGCUUCUACGACAUGGCCGCCGAAGCCAGCCCUGAUGCCCAGGUCCCAGUUUUCUUGGCCCUGUGCAAGCUGGGCCUGAUUUACACUCUGCAGUACCUGCAGGAUCUUAAUUUAAAGGAGCUGAUUACUCAGGUGGACCUGGACCAGCUCCUGGGCCCAGAGUGGGACCUCUACCUCAUGACCGUCAUCGCCCUGCUGCUAGGCACGGUCAUCGCCUACAGGCAGCGCCAGCACCAAAUCAUAGUUCCCCCUCGCCCGCCUGUCCCUGCCCCGGCGCCCCCUCCCAGACCGCCUCAGGAACAGUCACAAGCCGAGGCCGAGCCCCAGGAACAGGGAGAGGGAGAGGCGCAAGCCCAGGGCCCGGCCCAGGAGGAAGAGGAGGAGCAGCAGCAGUGAGAGGAAGCCAGACGGAGCGAGGGCAGUAAAAGACAGACAAGAUGCUCUGCUAGCCCGCCUCACGGAGCAGCUGGUGCUCACUAGCCGAAUACCUGCUAGUUUGAGCAGCUCUCCCACUCUAAAAAGAAGACUUAAGACGGCUGCAGAACUGUGCAGUCUCACAACUCCCUUUCUCCCAUUUAAAAUAUGCUGGUCUCGUGCUGCAGAAAGACGGUGGGGGUGUUUUAUGGACAAUGCCGCAGAACAGAGCGUUGAGAGGAUAACACAGACUUGGGACUUGCUAGUCUGUGACUCAGGAUACUGCCAGAAGCAGACCGUGUCCUCCCAAUGGAAAUAAGCCUUGUGGUUGCCAGAUCAAGGCAUCGUGGACUUGACUAAUCAACAUAGUCAACAUAGUUGGAAUCUAAAACGUGCAUUAGUUUUCUUCUCACUUUCCCUUUUUGAGAAAAUCACACUCUGCCUCAAUCCUAAUUUAGCGCAGUAUUUAGAAGAAAAAAAACAGGCAGGAGAAUGUGAAUUCAAAUAAUUUGAUGUGCUAGUUGGUAAAGAAAGUCAUGUUUUUUUGCAUGUUUUUCUCUGAUCAGUUUGACUUUAAUUUUAGGCAACCCUUUUUCAGAUACUUGAGUGAACAAAUUUUGCAUUGAUUAGUUUGGUUUAUAUGUUGGAUCUUUACCUUUUCAUACCUGCAAUUCACUGAGAAAGAUUAAUUUAUGUUCAUUAAACAUUUUAGUGCUUAAAUGUACUCCAGCCAUGCUGUGUCAUUAGCAUAAGUACAAGAAACCUGUUCAGCUGUAAUCAAGGAGAGAUCAUUUAAUUUUGAGCACACGGGUUGUUUGUUACGUUUCUAACAUGGCAGACACAAAGAAUGAGAAGCCGCUGAAGUCACGAAGCCGUCACCGAAUCCUCAUCAAUGAUGCAGAUCCUGUUAGAAAAUUCCUACAGAGGCGUCUCCAAGGAUAUAGGGAAAGCAGAAUGCACAGGCUUUUUAAAAUUUCAAUCUAAAGAGCAAAGGUCAGGA